GGAAACGUUCGUCACUGAACUCUUUCCUCCCCUUUUCCGCGUGCGCUGUAGAGAUGGCUUCACGUAAAGAGUCUGUUCCAGCUGUUACCCCCGCGGUCGCUUCUACCAGCGGCACGUUGGACUCUCCCGUCAAACAGAUCCAGAUUGAAGGAUUGGUGGUGCUGAAGAUAAUCAAGCACUACCAGGAAGAGGGCCAAGGCAGCGAGGUGGUCCAGGGCGUCCUGCUGGGCCUGGUGGUGGAGGACCGGCUGGAGAUCACCAACUGCUUCCCCUUUCCCCAGCACACCGAGGACGAUGCAGACUUCGAUGAAGUCCAGUACCAGAUGGAGAUGAUGCGUUCUCUGCGCCACGUCAACAUUGACCAUCUGCAUGUGGGCUGGUACCAGUCCACCUACUAUGGCUCCUUUGUCAGCCGAGCGCUGCUCGACUCUCAGUUCAGCUAUCAGCACGCCAUCGAAGAGUCCGUCGUGCUCAUUUAUGACCCCAUAAAGACGGCGCAAGGCUCCCUGUCCCUCAAGGCCUACAGGCUCACCCCCAAACUCAUGGAGAUCUGCAAAGAGAAAGAUUUCACACCUGAGUGCUUGAAGAAGGCUAACAUUGGCUUUGAGCAUAUGUUCGAAGAGGUGCCAAUUAUCAUCAAAAACUCCCACCUCAUCAACGCACUGAUGUGGGAUCUGGAGGACAAGUCCACGGUGGCCGACAAGCAUGAACUGCUCAACCUCUCCAGCAGCAAUCAUCUCGAGAAGAGCCUUCAGCUCCUGAUGGACAGGGUGGAUGACAUGAGCCAAGACAUUGUCAAGUACAACACCUACAGUCGCAACAUGAGUAAGCAGCAGCAGCAAAAGCACCAGUAUGUGCAGAGGCGCACGCAGGAGAACACCCAGCGGCAGAGCCGGGGCGAGCCCCCGCUGCCCGAAGAGGACAUCAGCAAAAUGUUCAAGCCCCCUCAGCCUCCACCGCGCAUGGACACGCUGCUUAUUGCAGGGCAAGUCAACAACUACUGCCAGAAUGUGAAGGAAUUCACCUCGCAGAACCUCGGGAAGCUGUUCAUGGCAGAGGCUCUCCAAGGCCACAACUAGAGGAGACAACCCGAGGUGAAGGAGGGGAACGGUGUCCAUAGGGGCGAUGGAGAAAGGAAACAGACAUGUUGUUUUUUCUUUAGAAUUUAUUCAUUGUUUUUAUGCCGAGCUCCAUCUUUGUCUUUGGAGAUGAUUUGAUUUGAAUAAAAGUCUGACAUCUUCACUUCC